UCCCGGAGCCGGCCCGGCCCGGCCCGAUCAGUUUCCAGCUUUGGCUAUCGCUCUCCUUAACCCCUAUCUUAAAACCCUAGUCCCUUCCUUCUUUUAAGCGCAGCAGAGAGCUGAAACCCUUCUUCUUUCUUCUGUCUCGUACGUAUUAUUGUAACAGAGUUUUGGACUUAAAACAGAAUAUGUUAGUGCUAUUUGAGACGCCUGCUGGCUUUGCCCUUUUUAAAGUUUUGGAUGAAGGGAAGCUCUCUAAAGUUGAGGACUUGUCAAAGGAGUUCGCCAAUGCAGACUCUGCAAGAAAGGUGGUGAAGUUGAAAGCUUUUUCAAAGUUUGAGAACACAUCAGAGGCUUUAGAAGCAGCAACCAAGUUGCUUGAUAGCGCACCCAGCAAAGGUUUACGCAAAUUCUUGAAAUCUCACUGUGAUGGUGAAACUUUGGCCGUGGCUGAUUCAAAGCUUGGAAAUGCAAUCAAAGAUAAAUUAAAAAUAGACUGCGUUCACAACAAUGCUAUCAUGGAGUUGAUGAGGGGUCUGAGAAGUCAGUUGACCGAUCUCAUAUCUGGUCUAGGUGCUCAAGAUUUGGCACCAAUGAGCUUAGGUUUGUCGCAUAGCCUGUCUAGGUACAAACUAAAGUUCAGUCCUGAUAAGGUUGAUACAAUGAUCAUUCAGGCAAUUGGUUUGCUUGAUGAUCUUGAUAAAGAGCUCAAUACUUAUGCUAUGAGGGUCAGAGAAUGGUAUGGUUGGCAUUUUCCAGAACUUGCUAAGAUUGUGCAAGAUAAUAUCCUUUAUGCCAAAUCAGUGAAAUUGAUGGGCAGUCGCGACAAUGCUACCAAGCUAGACUUCUCUGAGAUUCUUCCGGAAGAGGUCGAGACCGAAUUGAAGGAGGCAGCUUUGAUAUCCAUGGGAACCGAAGUUAAUGAUGUUGAUUUGAUGAACAUAAGAGAUCUCUGCGACCAGGUUCUGUCGCUUGCUGAGUACAGAGCUCAACUGUAUGAUUAUUUGAAGAGCAGAAUGAAUACCAUUGCACCAAAUUUAACUGCUCUUGUUGGAGAGCUGGUUGGAGCUCGCCUCAUUGCCCAUGGUGGCAGCUUAUUAAACCUUGCAAAGCAGCCUGGGAGCACAGUUCAGAUUCUUGGUGCAGAAAAAGCUCUAUUCAGAGCUCUGAAGACCAAGCAUGCAACUCCAAAGUAUGGGCUUCUUUUCCAUGCAUCCUUGGUUGGUCAAGCAUCUGCAAAGAUGAAGGGAAAAAUUUCUCGAUCACUUGCAGCAAAAGCGGCAUUGGCUAUUCGAUGUGAUGCUCUUGGAGAUGGCGAAGAUAACUCUAUGGGAUUGGAGAACAGAUUGAAGCUUGAAGCCCGGUUAAGGAAUCUUGAAGGUAGAGAAUUGGGUCGUUCUGCUGGAUCAGCCAAAGGCAAAACUAAAAUAGAAGCUUAUGACAAGGAUCGAAAGAAGGGAGCUGGGGCGUUGUUAGCUGCUGCAAAGACAUACAAUCCUUCUGCGGAUUCUAUACUUGGCCAAACGUUGAGCUUCAACACUGUGAAUGAUGAAGAAAUGGUCCCAGUAACUGAGGAGACUCCAGUUACAGCUGAAAAGAAGAAAGAAAAGAAGAAAAAGAAGAAAACAGAUGACGAGACAGCUUUGACAGCUAAUGGGAAUGGCACUGCUCAACCAGAAGCUGAGGAGGUCACGAAGAAGGAUAAGAAGAAGAAAAAGAAAGAGAAAGCUGAUAUGGUUGAGGCACAAAAUGGCAGUGAGAAUGUUGAAGAGGGAGAGAAGAAGAAAAAGAAGCGAAAGCAUGCAGAACAAGACGAAGAGGAAACAGAGAUACCGAGCAAGAAAGAGAAGAAGAAGAAGAAGAAGAGUGAUGAUUGAUAAUAUAUUCAUAAUGUAUUAGCCAACAAUUUUGGAUGACUUAGGCAGCUUAAAAUCUCUGUAAAAUUCGAUUUUCUUUGCUCAGUUUUUUCUUCUUUCUACUUUUUCCUUGUUAUCUGUGACCUGUUUGUAUUAGAGGAAGAUCCCAUCAUUGCAAAUGUAUUUUGAACUGUUCAGAAUGCAUAGACGGUCGGAAUGUCCUUGCUGAACUGAAAUAUUUUUGGGUUUUAUUUAUAUUUAUUGCAUGA